AUAGCUGAGGACGGUGUAACGAGCUCAACGGGCUUUAAAAAUUAAACUGAUAAAUAAAUAAUAGCAUUCGUAAUAAAUAUAAAUGUACACUCGGGUCCUGUUGGCCUGCUAAUAUUGAUACUUUGGCGCGUUUCUGUGCGGAUCAACGGCCGUUAUUGUAGCAGCGCGCGAGGCGGUGGAUUUACCUGAGAAAAACCGAACCGAACACCGCGGAUAUUUCUCCGGAAUAUUACGUUUUUUACGGUGAGCGGGAGAACCGUCGGCCACACUCCGUCACCCGCUCGCUUCACAGAUCACGGGGAUGGAGCGGAACACCGAGGCGCGGAGUCACGGAUCGCGGUCCCGGUGUGAGGAGCUCCUCCGCGGCGACGCGUCCAUGAACGUCUCGAUCAGCUCCACCACCGGGAGCCGCUUCGAGCUGUCCGUCCCGCUGGACGAGACCGUGGAGGGACUCAGCCGCAGACUGUCCGAGAAGCUCCGGGUUCCGCGGGAGCGACUGCUGCUGCUGCACCGAGACAAGAGGUUAAACUCGGGGAAACUUCUGGAUUAUGGCGUGGUUGAUGGAAGCAGACUGACGCUGGUGCCCACGGUUGAAGCCGGACUGAUGUCGCAGUCGUGCCGCUCGGAGCAGUCGGUCCUGCAGGCGCUGGAGACUCUGUCAGACGCUCAGGUCAGUGACUUCCUGUCAGGACGCUCCCCGCUGACCCUUGCCCUUCGUGUAGGUGAUCACAUGAUGUUUGUGCAGCUCCAGCUAGCGCCUCAGCCGUCUCUUUCCAGGGGUCCUGCAGGCCCCAUCCAGACGCACACAGGGGCCGUCAGCAGUGAAGAGCCCUCAGACUUUAAGAGCCCUGCUGCCCCGCCCUCAUCUCAUGAUUGCCACACCCACCGCAGUCAAAGCUCCGCCCCUGCUCCGCCCUGCAUUCAAGCUGAAGGCAGCCCUCGGGGCCCCAGACAGCGCUGCAGCGGGGCCGUCAUCGAGAGCCUGGUCAAUCACGCGCCGGGAGUCUUCUCUGGAACCUUCUCAGGUACUCUACACCCCACCCUUCAGGACAGCAGCGGGCGUCCUCGCCGGGACAUCAGCACCAUCCUGCAGAUCCUCAACGACCUGCUGAGCGCCACACGACUCUACCAGAGAUCUCCUCCGACGCUCACACACCUCCGCUGCCCUCCGACCUCACACACACACCCCCCCUCACCUACCUCACACACACACACACCUCCGACCUCACCUACCUCAGACCGGCCACAGCCACAUGUACACCUGCGCAGGCCCUCCGGUGAGCGUCUGCGGCAGACGGAGAAUAAGGCCAUGCGCUGUAAGGUGGAGCAGCUCCAGCUCUUGCUGCAGCAGAGGCGUCUGCGGAGGAAGGCCCGGAGAGACUCUCGGGGCCCGUAUCACUGGAUCAGCCAGCGCCAGAGCCGCUCCAGAGACGGGCCCCUCCGCCUGGACUACCAGGAGCCCGUCUGGAAGCCCGACGGCCCCGCGGACAUCAAUCCUGAGUUUGUGGUGGUCUGACGGAGGCGGGGAUGAAAGCGUGACUCCACAUGGGCAUUAACGGCCGACUGACCCGCCCGGGCCCUCAGGAGCCUCUUCGGGGCCCUCGCGCUCGGCUUGACUCUCAGUUCACUUCACGGACGUCACCAAAUGCAGGAUGUAGCUUUUUCACGUCAGGUGUUCAGCUCACCAUGUUUCGUAGACUUGGUUUCCCUUCAGCAUUAUGAGAUGAUCGAUGUGUUUCAGAGACUCAAAGAAUCCAGGAUUUGGGCAAAUCUCAUGAAAACGGCUCAUAUCUCACCCAGUAUCGAAAAAUAUAUGUUUUUCAUAUACAGAAAAUGCAAAAAUAGAACGUUUUAGAAUGAAUAAAUACUAUAUCAUUACUUGAGUCCUUUAUCAUUAUUUUAUUUCAUAUUCGUUCCAAUUAAUUAAAUUGGAUUUGGGUUUUCUGAUUAGGUAAAAAAAUAAAAAAGUGCACCUAACUAGCCCAAAACACACAAAAAACAGAGCUGUUUUUAAAAAUAGCAUUUAUUAGUUAUUUUAAAUAAGGUAUUAACUGUUAUUUAUUUAAAAAUGAAGGCAUUCAAAGUUAAUACCAAUUCAGGGUCAUUUUUUUAUGAGGUUUGUAUCUUUUGCCUUUUUUUUUUUUUUGCAUUUUAGUUUAAAAGAAAAAAAUGAUUUUAUACAAUUUUUUUUGUCUGCUAAAAAUAGGCUUUACUUCUUUAUGAAACACAUAUUUUGAAGUUUAGGAUGGAGUAUGAGCUGGAGGUGUUUCGUGAGGUUACCUGAAUAAAGAGGGAUGUCCUCGAGGAGAGUGAAGAAACUUCUGUUUCUCUUCUGGUCCAGAGUCAGUGUGAAAGAGGAAGUAGAGCUGCUUCUGUUCUGCACUGGACGGUCAGAAGAACUAGUUCAGUGGCCUUAUCUUCUGAAGGAGUGUGUGUGUGUGUGUGUGUGUGUGUGUGUGUGUGUGUGUGUGUGUGUGUGUGUGUGUGAGUGUGUGUGAGUGUGUGUGAGUGUGUGUGUGUGUGUGUGUGUGUGUGUGUGUGUGUGUGUGUGUGUGUGUGUGUGUGUGUGUGUGUGUGUGUGUGUGUGUGUGUGUGUGUGUGUGUGUGUGCGCGUGCGUGCCUGCGUGAGUGUGUGUGUGUGUGUGUUCUCUGAUGAUCAGUCUGCUGAAGCUCCUCACGUCUGUCUGGUUUCAUCUCCCUCAUCUCCUUCAUCUUCAGGUUGGUGUUGAAGUAGUUUCUCCUGGUCUCCUGCAGUCGUUCUUAAACCCGUCGUCUGGUUUCAGAAAAGCGUGUAGCACGUUCAUACGACUCUUAAUUUAUAAACUGUGAAA